AUGGUCCCCAUUCUCACUAUACCAGAGUCUGCGUUCGAUGCGACCUCUUACACGUCAAACCAGCGCAGGUCUCGCUUAUUAGCAUAUAUCAUAAAGUUGACCAAUGGGUCUGCGAUCUUGCUCACCGUUUUAUAUCUAGUGGGAGUAUUUGGGUUGAAACCGCUUCUCGAACUCACCGCUUCUCGGCGUCUUGAGGUUUUGGAGAAGUUCCGCCACAAGCUCCGAGAUUGCUACCUAAACCUAGUGGGCAGGGUAAGCUAUAUCCCCAUCGUCGCCAUCAACAAGAACGAUGGUAGUGGGAAGUUAUAUGCAGACGCUAUAUGCCAAACGUCAGAGUCGUACUUAAAGGACAAGAACGCAAGCUCGUCGUUGUUGGGAGAAGCAGGAUAUAGUGAAGGCUACAAUGAGGAAGACGACCAGACGGAUAAGUUGAAGCAGAACGUACUUGUAGGCAAACUCCAACACCUAUCCAAGAGAUUAAACGAGUGUACUGCAUAUCUGAUCUCUGAGAUCCCACACUAUAAGACUGUCAGCUACUGCGUGAAGGAUUUCCAGAGCAAAUCCGAUCUAGUUUACUUCAAUACAAAUGAGAUCUUUACAGUGGAUGCAGAUGGGCCUAGUGGACCCCGUAGGAAGAAUUUGUCAAUUGAAACGAGAAAUGAAAUCAGAAGCAUAAAGGGGAUGUACAUUAGUGGUAAGGCUUAG